AUGUUUGCAUGUACACAGUUUAUUAUAUUUACGAUUACCAGUUUGAUAGUAUUUAUAUUUUCUAAUUAUCUUAAUCUUUUAUAUUUUUUUGAUAUUUACAAACAGUGGUUUUUUAAUGAUAUUAAAGAUUUCCAACUAUAUGAUUUUAUUAUCGUUGGAGCUGGUACAGCAGGUGCAAUUUUAACUACAAAGCUAACUGAAUAUGGAUAUACAAUAUUAUUGCUUGAAGCUGGAGGAACUGCCCCACCUUUUCUAGAUAUCCCACUUUUGGCUCCCCUAAUUCAAAAUACUCCAUAUGACUGGAAAUAUAUUACUGUACCACAACAGCAUGCUUGCAAGGGUUUAAAGAACAAUCAAAGCAAAUGGCCAAUGGGUAAAAUACUUGGUGGAACCAGUAGAUUAAAUUAUAUGCUAUAUGUACGAGGACAUCCUUUAGAUUAUAAUGAUUGGUUUCCGGAUUUUACUGAACCUAUUAAAAAAAAUGGUGGUCCAAUACCUGUAAGUGAUUCAGAAUGGAAUACAGGUCUUGCUGACAUAAUUUUAAAAGGAUUGCAAGAAUUGCACCAAGAUAUUGGCAAUAUCAAUGAUAAUUUAAAGAAUGGUUUUAUGAAAGUGCAAUUAUCUAUGGAAAAUGGAAAACGGUGGAGUACGGAUAAAUUAUUACAUGAAAAUUUGAAAAAUAAAUUGACUAUUAUUACUCAUGCUUAUGUAGAAAAUGUAUUAAUGCAAUCAAAUAGAGCAGUAGGGGUUCAGUUUGUUGCAUUAAAUAAAACAUUUAAAGCAAUGGCAGAAAAAGGUGUUAUUCUCUGUGCUGGUGCUAUUGGUUCUCCAAAAAUAUUAAUGCUGUCUGGUAUUGGACCAAAGAAACACUUAGAAGAUUUAAAUAUAAAUGUAAUUAAUGAUUUACCAGUUGGUCAACAUUUAAUUGAUCAUGUGCUUACUGGAAUUGACUUAAUUGUGCUUAAUACAAGCAUAAGUCUCCGUAUGAGUAAUACAUUGAAUCCUAUGUCAGCACUAAAUUAUUUUUUUUUUGGAAAAGGACCUUGGACAUUUACAGGAGUUGAAGUUUUGGGAACUUUUCAUAGUUCUAUUCAGAAAAAUAAAUCAAGUAUACCAGAUUUACAAAUAAUGGUAAUGCCACUUGGAGUAACAAGGGAUAAUGGUAUUGUUCUAAAAGAAGCUAUGGGAAUUUCUGAUGAAGUAUACAAUGAAUAUUUUGCGCCUAAUUUAUACAAGAAUACAAUAACAAUUGCUCCAGUACUGUUACAUCCAAAAAGUAAGGGAGAAAUUAAAUUAAGUAGCAGUAAUUCUUUUGAUCCACUUUUAAUUGAUCCAAAAUAUUUAUCAAAUAAAGAUGAUAUUGCAGUUCUUGUAGAUGGGUUGCAAUUUGUGAAAAAACUUGUUGGGACAAAUGCCAUGAAAAGUGUUGGUGCAACUAUUCAUGAAAAGCAUUUUCCUGGUUGUGAAAACGAAAUAUUUGAUAGUACGAAAUAUUGGGAAUGUUAUAUACAACAUUUAACUUUAACUUCAUAUCAUCCUGCUGGUACAUGUCGAAUGGGUGAUGUUGUCGAUCAAACAUUUAAGAUUUAUGGUACAACAAAUUUAUAUGUGAUUGAUGCAUCUGUUCUUCCAACUUUACCAAGCGGUAAUAUUAAUGCUGCAGUUAUAAUGAUUGCCGAAAAAGCCGCACGUAUAAUUAAACAAGAUGUAAAAGUUAAUAUAAACCAUACAAAAUGUCAUAAAUCAUAUAGCUAUUGUUAUACAUCUAAUGAUUGAUAUAAUAUAUGGAAAAAACGGUUAUUUUAUUCAAUACUAAUCUUAAUUUAGUUUAAAUUUAGUAGAUGAACUGAAAUUGGUACA